CCGCGGAGCGGGGCAGGUCCUUGUGGCUGGACACCAUGCCUCUUCCAGAAACCAUGUUCUGUGCUCAGCAGAUCAAAAUCCCCCCGGAGCUACCCGAUAUUCUGAAGCAAUUUACUAAAGCUGCUAUCAGGACUCAGCCUUUUGAUGUUUUGCAGUGGGCAGCUGCGUAUUUUUCAGCCUUAUCUAAAGGUGAACCCCUUCCUGUGAAGGAGAGGCUCGAAAUGCCAUUAGCAACAGAGAAAAAAGAUGCUGGUUUGACCCCAGGACUCCUUAAGGUCUUGCACAAACAGCUUUCUUCCAAAGGCAUGGUGGCCAUUGCAGAACUGAGGGAAAAAUGGAAGCAUUUGGGCUUGCCAGAGGAGCAGCUGGAAGCUAUCCUGCAGUUGGACAGUUUUGGCGAGGAGGUGGAAUGGAUGAAGUUUCUGGCACUUGGGUGCAGCGUGCUUGGUGGGUCCUUACUGAGUUCAAUGAAGCAGGCCUGUGAGAUCCUAACAAGAGACCCAGAAGGUGGAGCAGCUCGAAUUCCCUUCGAAACAUUCUCGUUCCUUUAUUUGUAUUUGGCCAGUAUUGAUGGAGAGAUAUCAGAGACAGAAACUAAUGCAUUCCUCGAGGAAAUUAAAGAAAAAGCGGACAAACACUCUGGCAUGGUGCUGAUCAGACACUUCCUGCCAUACUCCUUCAUAUUUUAUUGAUCAACCUUACCAACCCUACUCUUCAGCAUGAGGUGAGAAGAAAAAUAAAAGAAGGAAUAAAUAAGUUCAAGAAAGUAAUUUGUGUUCAAAGUACCAUAAUUUGCACAUUUCAGAACAACAUGAUCUUCUUCUCCUCCUCUUCUCAUUUCCUUUUCUUUGUCGUGCUUUUGAGAUGGCCCUUCAGGGGAUGUUGAUUGAAUAAUACAUGGUUAUAUUGUUCUCCAGCCUCUCAGACACUGAUGGCCACCCCUAGGGAGUAACCCCUUCACUCAUCUGCUGAUACUGAAUUGAGCAAAAGUUGUUUUGUUACCGAGCUUCCUACCUACACUUGAUAGCUGAUUAAGUAAAACAUGGAAUUGAGUUAAGCCAGGGCAGAUGUAACUGGAGCAUUUCUCAUUAUGCUUCUGGUAGCUCUCACUUCAUUUUGACUCUGCACAAAUACAGCUUGUCUGCCAGGACAUGCUCUAUUUAAACUGUUCUACCAGGCCCUACUGAAAGAACUUAAUGAACUUAACAAAAGCAAUCACCCUGUGGCUGAGCUGGUAGACAAAACCAAUGCAAGGACUGCAGUGGUUCCAUAUUGUUUUCCCUCUAAUUAGAAGCCUUUUAGAUCUUAAAUACUCUUUUUCAUUUUUGGAUAAACUUGUCUAAAUAAGGAUGUUUUAAAAUAUAUUUUGUUUUCUGACAGGUAAAGCUACUGCAUUUAUCAUACAGGUGAGGAAUACCUUACA